CGGUCCUGCAUCCAGUAGAAAACAUGGCAGAACGGCAGCGGCACCGUACCGAGACACCCUUUCAGAAAGCAGCUGGAAAGUCUGAAAAGGCCUCAUUAAAUGAUACUGGACUUUUCCCCAAGCUGUUGUCCGCGGCGUUUUACGGAGUCAGCUCGUUUCUCAUUGUGGUCGUUAACAAAAGCGUCCUCACCAACUACAGUUUUCCAUCAUCGACAUGUGUUGGAAUCGGCCAGAUGUUUGCUACAAUCUUAGUUUUGAGGCUUGGGAAAAUGCUUCGUGUGAUCUCAUUUCCAGAUAUAAGUUUAAGUAUACCAAGGAAGAUGCUUCCUUUGCCUUUACUUUAUGUGGGCAAUCAAAUAUUUGGACUCUUUGGAACACAGAAGCUUAAUUUACCCAUGUUCACUGUCCUGAGGAGGUUUAGUAUUUUACUGACAAUGGUAUUUGAAGGUGUCCUGCUCAAAAAAUCUUUUUCUAUUUCCAUAAAAAUGACUGUGUUCACUAUGAUCUUUGGGGCCUUUAUUGCUGCCAGCUCUGAUUUAGCCUUUGAUAUAGAGGGAUAUAUUUUUGUAAUGCUGAACAAUGUCAUGACAGCAGCCAGUGGAGCUUAUACAAAACAGAAACUUGAGUCGAGGGAACUUGGUAAAUAUGGACUUCUCUACUACAAUGCUUUGAUUAUGAUUUUUCCCACUGUAGCAUACUCCUACUAUGUGGGUGAUUUGCAAAUGGGCUUGAAAUUUGAUGGAUGGACAGAUGCAAUGUUUGUCUUGCAGUUUGUGCUUUCAUGUGUCAUGGGCUUUAUUUUGAUGUACUCCAUCUUACUGUGCACGCAGUGCAAUUCAGCACUUACCACGAGUAUAGUAGGCUGUAUCAAGAAUAUUCUCGUGACAUACAUUGGCAUGGUGUUUGGAGGAGAUUACAUUUUCACCUGGACUAACUUUCUUGGUCUCAAUAUUAGUAUUGCUGGCAGCCUGGUGUAUUCAUACCUCACUUUUACACAAAACAAAAUAAAAAAUGCAUGACAGAGUGAAGGCCUAUUUUGAAGAGGAUUAAUCAGCACCAGCCUGUCAUAUAACUUUUUAUAGAUUACAGAAUCAUUCUUGAGUUUUAACCAUGUACAUCCAUAUGCAUGUCAAAAAGUAAUAAUUUUUUUUAUUUAAGGAGCAUCUUAUUGUAUUCUUACAAAAAGAAAAUAAAAAGGACUGCUUAUAAUAUCA